AUGGUCCAGCGCCUCAUUCGCUUUCUUGCCCGUGACGGCAAAGUCUACUACGGCGAUGCCAUUCUGCCUUCGGGUGUAACCAAUAUUGCAAAGGCGAGACAAGCCAAGGUGAUCAAGGGCGACAUCUUUGGCAAGCAUGAUGUCACGGACCAGGUCGCUGACGUCAAGUCGCUCCUCGCUCCGUUAGCAUGGGAUGAUGUGAAAACCGUCAGAUGUCUCGGAUUAAACUAUGUGCAGCACGCCAAAGAGACAGGCAUGCCCAUCCCCACAUAUCCAGUGCUUUUCUACAAGCCAUUGACAUCCCUGUCCGGUCCGUCGGACAACAUACCCGUACCGCUGCACGUACAAAAUGCCGAAGGCCUCGAUUACGAAUGCGAACUGGUGAUUGUGAUCGGAAAGCCGGCCAGAGAAGUGCCCGAGUCCGAAGCACUUGACUAUGUUUUCGGAUAUGCUGUCGGCAACGACGUUUCACAUCGGGAAUGGCAGUUCAAGCUUGGCGGCGGCCAAUGGUCUCAUGGAAAAGGAUAUGACGGCUGGGCGCCAUUUGGGCCGGGCAUUGCUUCUUCGAGCCUCAUUAACGACCCGCAAGCGCUGCGGAUAACCACCAAACUCAACGGCAAGACGGUACAAGACUCGUCGACAAAAGAUCAAAUCUUUAAUGUAGCCAAGACCAUUUCAACCUUGUCUAAAGGCACUACUUUAUUGCCUGGCGAUUUGAUCUUUACCGGAACACCACAAGGUGUUGGUAUGGGCAGGAAACCUCCGGUUUGGCUCAAAGACGGCGACAUUGUCGAGGUCAACCUUGAAGGUGUCGGAAGCUGCACCAACAAGGUCGAAUUCGAGAAAACAAAGUCAAGGCUAUAA